GUUAUAUUGAUAUGAGGUUGUCUUUCUGCCGGUGGUGAUAAUUUGAUUGCAGCUGUUGGUAACGUUUGUAGAGUGCAUGUUGGGUUUGGAAAGUAAUGAAAUUGGAGAAUAUCUUUCGAGCACAUUGCUGUCAAUGGUGGUUGAUCUUCUUGUAGAUUUAGAUGUAAAUAUAACUUGGGAGGAUAUCCUAAAGGAAGAUCAUAAUAGAAGCAUAUUUGAUAUGGAGGUGGAAGACUUGGAGGACAAUGCCGAGAAGAAUUCAGUUGGCAGUCAAAUAGUUUGCAGAAAGGGUGAAGGUUUUGGAGAUCGUAAAUACAAUAUGACUGACAAAUUGGAUUGUGUUAUGGUGAUCGUCUGUGAGCAUAUCAAAUCAUCAGCUUGUGAUGGUCGAUUAGUGAAGAUCUUUGAGACACUGAUAGAGUCCUUUCGAAAAACUAUGCUGAAUGCCCACAAGUCGAAAUUUUCACAGUUCAUAUUCUUCUAUGCUUGUUCGCUGGACCCUGAAAUUUGUGGCUUGAAGUUUGCUAUUCUUCUCACUGAUAUCUUCGUUUCAAAAACCGAGGACCCAAUUUCAAGAAUGAGUGCAAUUGCCUAUGUUGCUAGUUUUUUGUCUCGAGCAAGGUUUAUUUCUUCUGCGGUGGUUUCCAGCAUAGUUAAAAGGUUAGUGGAAUGGUGUUAUGAUUUUUGCUAUGUACAAGCUAGUACCGAAAGAAUAAAGAACCCCAGAGGUCAUCGCCUCUUUUAUGCUGGGUGCCAGGCUGUGAUGUAUAUCCUUUGUUUCCGAAUGCGAUUAUUGAUGGAUAUUCCAGAGCUCAAGGAAAUACUUUUUAAUUUGCCUUUAGAAGCGAUCUUAUGUCAUCCUCUGGAUCCUUUGAGGGUGUGCUUGCCUACGAUUGUGCAGGAAUUCCUACGUCAAGCUAUGGCCGCUCAUUUACUAAAGAAACCUUUCUUGUCCUGCGAUCCAAAUGACUUGCUGGAGUCCGAAUUCUCAAAAGCCUUUGGUGGGGUUGAGAGGCUUGAUAUGUUCUUUCCUUUUGAUCCAUAUUUGCUAAAACAAUCUGACAGAUUCAUGAGGCCCAACUUUGAGUUCUGGUCGAUGGUGAAGAAAACAUAUAGUAAUUUCAACAGUGAUGAUGAUUUCGAUGACCUAGACCCAGAGUCUGCUGAUGAGGGAAGCCAUGAUGGUCUUGAUGAUGAAGAGCUUGUUGAUGAGGACGGUGAAGAUGAUCUUGGGUGUUCCAUGAACAACAUGUCAAUUACUCCAAGACCAGUUUUUGAAAUGGCCACGGCCAGUGGGGGGAGCAUUCCAAUACCCAGUAGAAUGCCUGCCAGAAUCAGACCAUCUGUAAGCCCUAUCUAGUCACCCCUCAUACAAUCAAAUAUUGAUUCAUUUGAUUAUUUGGAGGAUAGAUGCACUCAAUCCAGUUCUUUGAUGAUCUAGAAAGAGCAGUUAUGUUUUCCGUUUAGGACAGCUUUUUUAUUAUUUUCCAAAACAACUUUCUCUUGAAAAAUUUCUAUAACUGUUUUAAAAAAUAAUACGAAAGUUGUCCCAUACGUCCCAAACGAAAUAUAGGAGAAAAAAGUAGUAAUUAAGUAAUUUCGCCUGAAGAAUGAGAUGCUGCAUUUUCAAGUUGUAAUAGUACAGCCAGUACCCUAAAUAGUUCGGAACACAAGCAUUCAUCACUGUUGGCCUUCAAGAGCCACAGAAAGUGUUUGUUAGGCAAUUUUUUAUAUAGUUUGUUUAUUUUGGACCUUUCAGACCAAGUGUACCUGAAUUUUUUUGCAAAAUUUUCAAUGAAAUAGCUUUGUAUCUUUAAUUUCAGUUA